AUGGAUAAACAAAUUGUCAAUGGUUUCUCAUCUAAUGAACUGCAAGAAUUAUUUCAUAAAGCUCAUUUGGCUAAGCAUAGAGCUCAUUGUCCCUACUCACAAUUUCGAGUAGGAGCUGCUUUAUUGACAACAACAGGCAAAAUUUAUACCGGAUGUAACGUUGAAAAUGCGGCAUAUCCAUUAUCGACUUGUGCUGAACGAACAGCAGUUGUAAAAGCUGUAUCUGAUGGUGAAAAAUCUUUUAAAAAAAUUGCCAUUACAUCUGAUGUUGAAAUUGGUUUUACUGGUCCAUGUGGUUCGUGUCGGCAAACAUUAGCUGAAUUCGGUCUGGACAUGGAUAUUUAUCUUAUAAGUCCAAACAAUGAAGCAAAGAUGUAUACACUUCGGGAUUUAUUACCCAUCGCUUUUACACCUCAAGACCUUCAAAAACCUCGUGCAAGCCAUGAUAUAAUACUUUGA